AUGCCCCGAUCGAAUGCAUUCUCUUCGACUAUGACCUAUCAGAAGGAGGUAUUGGUGACGUUGAAUGGCCACACCUUUUCCGUUACCGAAAACCUCUAUACCGCGCUAUUGUAUCUUCAGAACCGCCAGCUUGAGCGAACGAUACGGAUUGAUGCACUAUGUAUCAACCAGUAUGACGCUGCCGAGAAGAGCAAACAGAUUCCGCUUAUACGAACAAUCUAUGCAAAAGCCGCCCAUGUCGUUGUUUGGCUUGGCGAGGGCACAGAGGAUGGAGGCAAAGCACUGGAAGGAAUCCGUUUCCUAGCAGGAAAAGAUACAUAUUCCAAGGCAGUCUGCGAAACCCAUCGCUAUGCGUGCUUGAAAUUAUUGCAGCGAGAAUGGUUCCGCCGUGUCUGGGUGCUUCAGGAGGUUGGUGUAGCACAAUCCAUAUACAUUAUGUGCGGCUACGUCCAACUUAGCGGGCACAUUUUCUGUGAAGGUCUCAAUAAAUUAGAGCUUCCUCUAAAUCUCCUCAAGAAGGUCGGUCCAGUCAUUUGUCUGAUAAAGGACGCGCCUUUCCGGCCAAAAUUUGAGACAAAUUCACGCGGAGCGUUUUCCUUGGGAAGGCUUAUUGGCAUGUAUCGCGACUACCGUGCUUCUCAGCCGCACGACAAAAUAUACGCACUGUUGGGGCUAAGUGCUGAUGUUGAUUCAGCUGAUCUACAACCAAACUAUGGGAUCGCAUGGCAUCAGCUUCUCAAGGUUGCCACAAGCCACAUUUUCCCUAAGAGCUCAAUACAGACAUGGGAGGGUACAGAGUCCGCCGUUAUCAAAAGCAAAGGAUGGAUUUUGGGUCACAUCCAUUCCGUUGCACAGGACAUAACUGGAUUUGGCCAAAGGAUUACGCUUCUUCUUAACGACACUGCCGAGUCACUGGGUUAUCGAGAAAUAUGGCAGUCUGAAUGGGUUGUUGAAACUUGUGCAGAGUUGAUUAAGGAUGGCGAUAUCGUCUGCCUUUUGCAGGGGAGGUCAGAACCAAGCAUCAUUAGACUCUGCAAUGACCAUUUCACGGUGAUUACACCUUCCGUCCAACCACAGCAAAGGAACCAGACCGAAGGUUUGAAACCUGCGCUCCAAAUACGGCGUGAUAUACCAGGACUGCAUGAUAUCCUGUUGACAUUGAGACUACGGCUUGUUGAAGGAGGAUUAGAGUCAAAUAUCCCACUUGGGUUAAUGGAUAUGGCGCCGGAAUAUCGGGAAACACAUACGGAAAGCGAGUUAAGGUUGAAUCACAUAGCCCUGGUUGUGGUAGGUAUCGCUGCGAAGGCGCGAAAUCAGAAUCCGAAGAGCAGAGGAUUAGAAAAUAUCCUUGGUCAGAGUGGUACGUGUAAUCCCGUCAUUGAAGUCCUCAAGGUUGCAGCAGCCAAUCCUGGUUCUUAUGGGGACCGAAUCAUUCAAAUUCUCUUGCAUCAGCGACACGAAAGCCUGGCGGUCUCCGAAGGAGUGGUCAAGGCAGCAGCAGGGGAUCCUGAAGAUUGUGGACAUGAAACUUUGAGACUCCUCUUCCAGCAGCGAGGGGAGAGUUUACCGGUCUCCGAAGAAGUGGUCAUGGCAGCAGCAGGGAAUCCUGGAGAUUGUGGACAUAAAACUUUGAGACUCCUCUUCCAGCAGCGAGGGGAGAGCUUGCCGGUCUCCGAAGACGUGGUCAAGGCAGCAGCAGGGAAUACUGGAUAUUAUGGACCUAGAAUUAUGGAAGUUCUCUUCCAGCAUCGAGGAGAGGAUCUUCCAGUCUCAGAAGACGUGGUCAAGGCAGCAGCGGAGAAUACUGGAUUUCAUGAACUUGAAAUAACGGAAGUCCUCUUCCGGCAUUGGAAGGAGAGCCUCCCAGUCCUCCCAGUCGCAGAGAAACCAAGACACUGCAGCGGUUAG